GUGGGGUAGCUGCACCUCGGGGAGGUGCGAAGCAGGGGUCGUCAAAGCCCGGCGCUCAGCCGCCUGACUUUGGGGUACCGAGGAUGCUGGGGGCGGAUGCUUGCCUUUUCAGAAGGGCAGCAAGGGUCGCGUUCUUCUGGGACACCCGGGGCACCCGCUGCCUUCUCCCCCCGCCCCUGGGAGUUCUGUGUUACUCACUCUGACCCAGAGCGGCAGCUACGCUUUUCCGCCUGUCAUUUUAACAGGCGGAUAUCGGAGACCUUGUGAUGGCGAUUGGACACGACUGCGUAGUGCCACGCGAACUGGAACUUCAGGCUGGCUUUUCCUCCUUGCUCAGCAUGUCGUCUUUGCCCUGCUGCAAAUGCAGCCCCGAGGAUUUGGCUACUGCGUAUAACAACAGGGGGCAAAUCAAGUACUUGAGGGUUGAUUUUUAUGAAGCCAUGGAUGACUACACAUCUGCCAUACGAGUCCAGCCCACGUUCGAAGUUCCGUAUUACAACAGAGGGUUGAUAUUGUAUAGGCUGGGAUACUUUGAUGAUGCUUUGGAAGAUUUCAAGAAGGUAUUAGACUUAAAUCCUGGAUUCCAAGAUGCUACUUUGAGCUUAAAACAGACUAUUCUAGACAAAGAAGAAAAACAAAGAAGAAUUAAUGAAAAAAAUUAUUGAAAGUUUUAGCAUAAUUGAAAUAUUAACUCAUGAUCCUUAUACCUGGCAUCUCGUUGCUUGUAAUGUCAAGUUAGGUGUUGAGCUAUUUCGAUUUAUAUUUAAGGUAGAGAUUCAUUAUUAGCACCGAAAGUUAAGUGAUGUAUUUAAAGUAGUUAAUUUCAGAUUGAGUAACUAUGUUGAAUAAGUUGCUUUUUAUGAAGUGUAAAUAAAUAAUACCAAGGUAUAGUGUGUUAUUACAGUAAAAUAUUUAAAGAAGGGUGUGGCAUUUUCUUCAGUAAAACUAUAUUUUUUGUUGUUUUCUAUCCCCAACUUUGUAUUUAAAAAAUUUGGCAUCUACAGAAAAGUUGAAGUACAAUACAACGAACAUCUAUAAACUCUUCACUUGGAUUCGCUAGUUGUUACCAUUGGACCACAUUUGCUUUCUCUCUGUAUUUAAAUAUAUAAAUUUUGCUGAACCA